AUGCGAACUCAAUUCUUUAAUAAAUUCUUAAGAGAUAUCACAAAACUCCUCGACGAUAGUGAUGAUUACAACGUCAAAUUGGAAAUUGGAGAGGGGCCUGACGCAAGAUUCUUCUGGGCCCAUUCGAUAAUAUUGCGUACCAGGUGUCCGUUUUUCAACAGGGCUUUAAGCGAGACUUGGGCAAAAAAGACUGACACGGGGCUAUUCACCUUGAAGAAACCAAACAUUACGCCCUCAACGUUUAAGCUAUUACUUAGUUACUUUUAUACAGGCGAUUUGCAAAUCAACAAUUCUGUAGAAGCCAUAGAUCUCCUUAUUGCAGCCGACGAACUUGAUUUAGAAGAACUGUUCGAAUACAUUCAAAGUUUCCUUAUCGAGAACGAAGCAGAUUGGAUUGAUAAUCACCUUGUCAAAGUAUACCAAAUUGCAUCCCAGAUCUACGCCUGUAAAGAACUCGAAGAAUCCUGUCACAGACUUCUCGAGAAUUCUCCCGAUCUCAUGCUUAUAUCAAACGACUUUCGAUCUAUUGAAAAAGAGAAACUGAUCGAGUUACUGCAAACAAACGCCUUUGCAAUGAAAGAAGUUGAACUGUUCGAGAAAGUGAUGCAAUGGGGAAUAUCACAGAAUCCCGAACUGGACGAGGACAUGUCGGUGUGGGACGAUAGUGACUGGAACGCGUUGAGAGAAACUGUGAAAUUGUGCUUGCUCCAUAUCAGAUGGGCACGCAUAUCAGGAGCAGAAUAUUCCGAAAAAGUCAAGCAAUAUAAAAAGGCUUUUCCUGCUAAUAUACGCAUGGCGUUGCAGACUCAUUUCGCUAUAACAAAAAGAGUUAGCCCGUUGGCUGCGGUGUCAUCGUCAUUUCUGGGAGGUGGUGAGAGGAAGCGCUCCAAAUACCAACAAUACCAAGAACGUAAUCUCGAGUCGAGUAUAAUAAAAGCAGAGCAUGCGGUGUUGAUAUCUUGCUGGAUUGACCAGUUUCCUGGCGAUGAUUCGUUCUAUCAACAUACUAUACGUAAGUUCGAUCUUUUGUAUCGUGCGUCGGACGAUGGAUUUGAACGAUCGACUUUUGAUGAAAAGUGUCUAAAGGAAGAAACAUUAAUUUUGUGGAAGAUUCAGGAGAAUGGGCAUAUCAUCGGAGGUUAUUGCGAAAAGGGAUUCUCUAAUGUAAGGCUAACAUAUCCAGAUACAGAUUCAACCUGUUUUUUGUUCUCACUUAAUGACGGAAAAAAUCUUCGGAAGGCGUCUUAUAUACCGCUGAAGACCUUUGAUGACUUAACUUCUGGGUUCCUGUCGAGCCUUGCAAAUAAGUACAAUAUGCAUUUGGGAGAUUCUACCUUCUCGAUGUGGGAGACAGCUGGGACGUUAAAAUUUUCAUUUUGCAAUAAGUUAACUAUUCAAGACUGUGAAGUUUUUUCUCUGAAAAAAGUGUAG